CAGAACGUGAAUUGAGGCGGAACUGAAACAAGUUUAGAAACUGCACUGGAGGAUUGACUUCAUAACAAACUCUUUCACUGAACACUGUGCCGAAGAACUCUUCAUGUGUGCGUGUUAAAAUGAGUUUCUUGCAAAAAACGACUCUUCUAAUGAGUGUAUUUAUUUUGUGUGUGUCUCAAACUGAGUGUGGGGUCGCAAGUAAUUGUCGUGGUAAUUGUACACAAGAACUUAAAGGGCUAUCUAGGGCCGAUGAAGGGGGUGGAGAAAAGGAGGAAAAGGAAGACGUGAUGUCGAAAAUCCUGCCCAUGAUGGUAAUGCCCUUUAUGCUUCAAGUCACCAUGCUCCCCAUGAUGUUAAUGUCGAUGAAGUUCAUGUUAAUGAAGAGCAUGUUUCUGGGUAAAAUGGCCAUUGUGUUGGGGUUUGUGGCGUUUUUGAGGAAUUUAUUAAAACGAGGUGACGCUUUGUACAGUCAUAACGUCAACGUUCACCACCACCCAGAAUAUUCUCAUCACGGUAGGGCGAUUGAUUUUACCAGUUACGAAGAAAGAAACAGGUAGAAAUUGGAGGCGCUAAAGUAAAGCACUUAUAACUCCGCUGUGAUCUUUUGUACCUAAAUUAGGUAGGUUUAGUCAUAUUUAUUGUGUAGUUGCGAAAUAAAGUUAUUAAAGUUA